AUGUCUGAAGAGGUAGAGAAACCAAUCUUACCAGAGUCCAUUUCUGACGAAGAAAAGUCUCCCAACGAGACCAAAACGUUAUCCAAAGAAACCAACGAUGUUAGUAGUAAGAGUGAAUCAUCUUCUCACCAAUCAGAAGACAAGAAGGAUACUUCUUCAAGUGGGGAAGAAGAUGAAAAUCUAGACACCCAGAAAAAGGUUGCUGUUUCCCAGAUAGUGUUGUCUGAAGAUGGAGGAGAGAAGAAAGUGAGUCCAAAGAAACCAGUUAAAUCGCCGAGUCCAUUUCCUGAUAUUGAAGAUUCUGUUGUUCCAGAGACUCUUGAAGAAAUCGAACCCUUUCAAGGUCUUUCUUCAAAAGCCCUUGAAACUUUGUCGAAGUAUAAUGACAAAUAUGAGAAUGGGAAGUCCAUUUUACAGAACUACAUUGAGAAGAUCAGUGACAUGGAAGGGAACAUUUUCACACAAGAGAAAGUUAAAGUCCCUGAAGUCUCUGUCAAAGACUUUGCUGAAGAAAUUAAGAAGUUAACGAAGUCGUACAUAUCACUCAAUUUAAAGAAUAGAGGCGUCAUGUUUGUGUCGAAGAACAACUACAGAGUCCAUGCUUUAAGUCUUGCAGCGAUAUCUGCUGGGAUGUAUACGGUACAUAUGAAUCCGAGUAUGCCAAUGGUCUCUCUAGUAGAAGCUGUGAAACAAGGUGGAGUCGUUCAAUUAGUGUGUGACAUCGAUAACAAGGACUUAUUAAUAGAAUUAAUGAAAUAUGUGAAAGUGCCCUGUUUGUUAAUAAAUGGCGUGAUGAAUGAUGGCUUUGUCAACUACGACGACUUCAAGAAGAUCAACGAGAGUGUCGACGAGUCGAAAGUCAAAGAUGUUCUCUCGAACCAGAAGCCAACAGACAUCGCCGAGAUUGUCUUUUGUGAAGGACCAAAUAAACUCCGAGGAGUCGUCUGGACGCAUGGAAAUAUCAUUUCGCAGUGUUGUGCAUUGAAGUCGAUGUUUAACUUGACGAUGAAAGACAAGUACAUUAUGUGUCACAACAUGUCGUAUUACAUAGAGAGACUCUUUGCGUUGUAUUUGCCUAUGAUGGUUGGGUAUCAAGUGUAUAUUGCGCCGGAUGUGUUGUAUCGAGAGGGGUUGAAAGGGUAUAUUGAAAUCGCGAAAAAAUACAAACCAACACUUUUAGUCGCUGUCCCAAGAUUCUAUGAGAAACUCCUUGUGCGGCUGAAUGAAGUGUUAAAGACUUCUAAAUUGGCAACGAAGGUGAAAGACUUGGCUGUUGAUGGGAUGGUCAAGCAAGAGGAAGGAAAAUCAAAGCCAGUUGGGUAUGGCACAUCACGGACUUUAGUGUUUAACAAAGGCAAAGAGAAAGUUGGGAUAGUGAAUGUCAAGUACUUCAUCUGUGCAGGGAACAUGCCACAAAGUAUAUUAAAGGAAGUGAUGGGGAAGGGUAUUGAAGUCUUUUGUGGACUUCCAUAUAUCGAAACGACUGGAUUUAUGGCUAUAAAUAGAGAGAAGUGUCUGCAACUUGAGUCCGUAGGUAAACCUAUCGACAAGUGUGAAGUGUCCCUAAAUGGCAGUGAGUUAGUGUGUAAGGGGCCUAAUGUGAGUGGUGGGUAUACCACUGAAGAGAUUGAGGAAGAGUUUAAAACGGGAUGUGAGGCCAAAAUGAAUAACGGGUUCAUCGAAAUCACGACAUAUAGUAAAACGGUGUUAUUAACGAGUUCUGGCGAAUUUAUACCAUAUAAGUUUGUGGAGAACCUUGUGAAGAAGAUUGUAGUCGUGAAGAGUGCGUUGGUUGUUGGUAAUGAACGGCCAUAUUUGAGUUGUAUAUUGUCUGUUGUGUAUUCCAAGGCUAAAGAAACCCUCAAAGAGAAAUGUCCAACAGAGAAGAUGCUUGCCAGAGACUCAUACUUUGGGACGUUUAUACGACAACGCAUCGAUUGGCUUAAUAAACAGUUGCCGAAGUCGUUACAGAUCAAGCGGUUUGGGAUAUUGUUAGAAGGACAGUCUGGGACGGAGACAUUGAAAGAGGUUAUGAAUUUUGAAGACCAAAAAUUAGCACUUGUGAAAUUUGGGCCGUUCAUCGAGAAGUUAUACGUCCGAGGAAGUGUAGAGAAAGAAGGAAAGAAAACAAAAGGGGAGAAAGAAGAACAAAAGAAGAGAAGGAAAGCAGAAAAGGAAAGAGAAAAAGAAGAGAGAAAAGCUGCAAAAGCCGAGAAGAAAGAAAAGGCCGAACGAGAGAAACAAGAAAAGAUGGAGAAAAAGUAA